AUGAGGACUCUGGAAGACUCCUCAGGUACGGUCCUGCACCGCCUCAUCCAGGAACAACUGCGCUAUGGCAACCUGACUGAGACCCGCACACUGCUGGCCAUCCAGCAACAGGCCCUGCGCGGUGGGGCUGGGGCUGGGGCCACAGGAAGCCCCCAGACCCCCCUGGAGAUCAUGGCACCAGAGGACAGUCAGGUGCUGCAGCAGGCCACGAGGCAGGAACCCCAGGGCCAGGAGCACCAGGGCACCGAGACCCACCUGGCAGAGAACAGCCUCUACCGCCUGUGCCCACAGCCUGGCAAGGGCGAGGAGCUGCCCACCUAUGAGGAGGCCAAAGCCCACUCGCAGUACUAUGCCUCCCAGCAGGCGGGGCCCUGGCCACACGUGGGGGACCGGGAGCCCCGCGGGCCCCCGGGAGGCAGCCGGAGGCAGGAUGAGGCCCUGCGCGAGCUGAGGCACGGGCACGUGCGCUCCCUGAGCGAGCGACUCAUGCAGCUGUCCCUGGAGAGGAACGGGGCCCGCACCCCCAGCCACAUGAGCGCCUCUCACAGCUUCCCCCAGCUGGCCCGCAACCAGCAGGGCCCCCUAGCCAGGGGCGCCCCCACUGCCGAGGGCCCGGAGCCGCGAGGACCUCCACCUCAGUACCCACACGUCAUGCUAGCUCACGAGACCACCUCUGCCGUCACUGACCCGCGGUACCGUGCCCGUGGCAGUCCACACUUCCAGCACGCGGAAGUCAGGAUCCUGCAGGCCCAGGUGCCCCCUGUGUUCCUCCCGCAGCAGCAGCAGCAGUACCAAUACUUGCAGCAGCCUCAGGAGCGCCACCCACCCCCACACCUGGCCGCCCUCAGCCCUCCUGGGGUGGAGGGCCCGGCAAGCACCCAGGCCUCUUUGGCCACCUCGGGCAGCACCCACCUGGCCCAGAUGGAGACCCUGCUGAGGGAGAACGCCAGGCUGCAGAGGGACAAUGAGAGAUUGCAGAGGGAGCUGGAGAGCACAGCGGAGAAGGCUGGCCGCAUCGAGAAGCUGGAGAGCGAAAUCCAGCGGCUCUCCGAGGCCCACGAGAGCCUGACAAGGGCCUCUUCCAAGCGAGAGGCCCUGGAGAAGACCAUGCGGAACAAGAUGGACAGUGAGAUGAGGAGGCUGCAGGACUUCAACCGGGAUCUUAGAGAAAGAUUAGAAUCUGCAAACCGCCGCCUGGCAAGCAAGACGCAGGAGGCCCAGGCAGGCAGUCAGGACAUGGUGGCCAAGCUGCUGGCUCAGAGCUACGAGCAACAGCAGGAGCAGGAGAAGCUAGAGCGGGAGAUGGCACUGCUGCGCGGAGCCAUCGAGGACCAGCGGCGGCGGGCCGAGCUGCUGGAGCAGGCCCUGAGCAAUGCACAGGGCCGUGCGGCAAGAGCUGAAGAGGAGCUGCGGAAGAAGCAGGCCUACGUGGAGAAGGUGGAACGGCUACAACAGGCCCUGGGGCAGCUGCAGGCUGCCUGCGAGAAGCGAGAGCAGCUGGAGCUACGUCUGCGGACGCGCCUGGAGCAGGAACUCAAGGCCCUUCGUGCACAGCAGAGACAGGCAGGCAGCCCCGGAGGUGGCGGUGGCAGUGCUGGGACCCCGGAGCUCAGUGCGCUGCGGCUCUCGGAGCAGUUGCGGGAGAAGGAGGAGCAGGUGCUGGCGCUGGAAGCUGACAUGACCAAGUGGGAACAGAAGUACUUGGAGGAACGUGCCAUGAGGCAGUUCGCCAUGGAUGCGGCCGCCACGGCCGCCGCCCAGCGCGACACCACUCUCAUCCGGCACUCGCCCCAGCCAUCACCCAGCAGCAGCUUCAAUGAGGGCCUGCUCACCGGCGGCCACAGGCAUCAGGAGAUGGAAAGCAGGUUGAAGGUGCUCCACGCUCAGAUCCUGGAGAAGGAUGCGGUGAUCAAGGUUCUUCAGCAGCGCUCCAGGAAAGACCCUGGCAAGGCUGCCCCAGGCCCCCUGAGGCCUGCCAAGUCCGUGCCAUCUGUCUUCGUGGCUGAAGCAGCAGGGACCCAGGGCUGGCAAGGACACUCCUCCAGCGAGCGGCACGUGGAUGCCUCUGCCCAACUGGCUGCAGCAGACAGGGCCCCACUGGAGGAGCCUGUGACUGUGGCUCCCCUCGCUGCCCACGCCAAACAUGGGAGCAGGGAUGGGAGCACCCAGACUGAUGGCCCCCCAGACAGCCUGGAGCCUGACAGCCUUUUGGGGUGCAGCAGUGGCCAGAGAACAGCCUCACUGGACUCUGUUGCUACAUCCAGAGUCCAGGACUUUUCCGACAUGGUGGAGAUCCUGAUCUGA